AUGAGCGGGGCGGCGGGCCGCUGCGUGGGGCCCAGCCGGCCGGGGCGCGGGCGCGGGCGGCCGUGGGGGAGGAGGUGCGCCGCGGGGACGUCCCGAGGCCGGGGAGCCGGGCGCCGGCCGCCCCCCGCGGCCUGGGAGACGCGCUGCGUGAGCGCCGACCGCCUGCGGGACUGGCGGCGGCCGCGGGGGAGGAGAGGCGAGGCCCGGGCCUCGGGCGCCAACGAGCCGGCGGCUGGCGGGACCCCUGGGGCUGCGGGCCCGGCCGAGGCGGCUGGGGACCCUGGGGCCGUGUGGGUGGACGGGGCCGUGGGGGAGCCCCAGGUGGUGGGGCCCAUCGGGUCAGUGUGGGUGACCGGCGCCGGGCGGGAGGAGGAGGGCGCUCUUGACGACAGCCCCCGGGGCUGUGAGCGGAAAGGCCGCCCGGGCUCCGCGGGGCACGAGAGCAUCCUGGAGCUGUGGCUGAAGGUGCGAGCCAUGAGGGCAGCCUCCGGCCGCGGGGAGGGAAGCAGGGUAGAGCUCCACCCGGUGCCUGCGGGGGAGGGCCCCGUCGAAAGGGGUGUCCCUGGCCGGGCUUCCUGGGUAGAGACAAGCCGUGCUGGCCUCACAGGCCCCUGGGUGAAAGGACAGGCCAGGGCAGCCCCCGGGACCCCAGGAGGAUCUGCAGCUGUGGGGCUAGGGGCAGCUUGUGCGAUGGCCUCCGGCUCGUGUGGGCAGGGACAGGCCACGGGCCUGCUUCCCGGGAGUGUGCCUGUGGCCCUGGGGACAAGUUCCGGGAUUAUCCCGUACCUGCUGAGGAGAGGACAGGCUUUGGGGGUGCCUGGAGCCAUGGGGUGGCCUGAGGCUGUGCAGAGAGUGGUGGGCUGUGGGGCUGCUCCGGAUCUGUGGGACAGGGGGCAGCGGGCGCAGGUACCGGGGGCACUGGCCCGAGAGGCGGUCUGUGGGGACACCGCGGGCCUGUGGGGAAGGGGACAGGCUGCGAGGAUGCCUGAUGCUGUGGGGGCACACAGAGGUGUGGAGGAGGAAGCAGCCUCUGGGGGUGCCCUGGGCAUGUGGCAGAGGAGGCAGACUGUGGAGGGGAUGGGCUCUGGGGGUGUCCCUGGCAUAUGGGGUGUUGGACAGCCUGUUGGGGUGCCUUGUGCAAUGGAAGAGGAAACCAGAUGUGAGGGUGACCCAGGAUUCAGGGAAAGGGGACAAGGCGUGUGGGUAGAGACCGGGUCUAGAGGUGACCGGGGGCCAUGGGCAGCCGCACAGACCGCAGAGGUUAGUGGCCUCGAUGAGCAGGAGGUAGGCCCUGGGGGUGCUCCAGGCCUGUGGGGUAUAGGGCCGGGAAUGGGGGUACCUCCGACUCUGGGGAAGGGGACAGGCUUUGGGAAUGUCCCGGGUCUCUGGGGGACCGAGCAGCCUGUAGGGGUGUCGCAGGCUGUGGUGGUACCACCAGGAACUCUGGGAGAACAGGAAGGCUAUGGAGGUGUCCCUGGCCUAUGGGAGAGGCAGCAGGCUCUGGGGGUGCCUCUAGCCAGCGCAGUGCCCGGGAUCGUUGGGGAGGAUACAGGGUCCGGGAACGUCGUGAGCCUGUGGGAGAGGAGGCCGGCUGUGGGGGAGCAAGAGGCGCUGGUGCCUACAGCUUCAGGGGUUCCUGGGCCCGCGGAUCAGGAGGCCGGCUGUGGCGACAACCCCUGUCUGUGCAGAAGGAGACAGACUGUGGGAUGGUCUGACCUGCAGGGGAUGCCUGAGGCCGCGGUUUUGCCCAAGCACAGGUGCGCCCUGGCAGGGCUGCCCCCAGCGGUGGGUAUGCCUGGGCCUGGAAGGGGCCCUGCCAGGGUGCCUGCCGCUGUGUGGGUGUCUGGCCCUGCGUGGCAGGAAGGCAGCUCCGGAGAGGUCUUAAACCUGUGGGAGAGGGUUCAGAGUGCCGCAGUGCCUGUGGCAGCAGGGGUCCCUGCGGCUCCUGAGGAGCUAUGGUCUAUGCAGGAGGACGCUGGCUCUGCGGGUUUCCCUGGGUUGUGGGGAAGGAGACAGGCUGUCGGGGUUCCUGAAGCACCUGGGCUCGGGGAAGAGACAGGCCCCGGGUGUGUCCCGAGAUUUGGGGGAAGGAAACCGAGUACCAGAGUGCCUGGGACUGCCGAGGAGCCCCCAGCUGCCAGGGUAUCCGGUCCUCUGGGGAUGGAGACCGGCUUGCCAGGAAGGAGGCAGACUGCAGAGGUGUCCACAGGUGGUGGGGUGCCCAUGGCCCCCAGCACACCUAGGCCUGUCCUGGAGGAGUCCACUGCCAGAAGUGUUGCAAGCCUGUGGGGGGAGAGGGAGACAGCGGGAGGACCUGUGGACUCCUGGGCUCCCACAAGGAUGGGGGUGCCCAGCACCGCCAGGAUACCCGUGCCCACGGGGGAAAGUCUGGGCCCUGGUGGCCCCUCAGGCUUGUUGGGAGGGAGACGGGCUGCUGAGAUGCCCACAGCUGCUGGCCCUUCCAUGGCUGUGGGCACCUGUGGACCGAUGAUGGCUGAUUCCUGCUCUGGGGACUUCUCAGGUAUGUGGGGAUGGAGACCGGUGACGGACGCGCCCACUGCUGCCAGGGCUGCAGGAACUGCCGAUGGGGUGACUGGCUCUGAUGGGGUCUCAGGCCCGUGGAGGAGGAGACCCAGCGGACCAGCCACUGAGGCUGUGCGGGUGCCUUUGUCUUUGGGGGUGCUCGCAGCUAUAGGGGUUCCUGUGACGGGACGCGCGCCUGCCGCGGUGUGGGUGACAGGGUGUACGGGAGAAGAAACAGCUGCGGCUACCUCGGGCCUCCCGGCGCUGAGGAGACAGUCCAUGGAGGGAGCUUCGGGGGAGGAGGCAGGAGGCCAAAAUGCGGAGCUGGCCCGGGGGAGCCAGGUGGCGGGGGUGUCUCACACCCAUGGCUGUGGGAUCAGGUUGUGGAGCUCCCCAAGCCCUGGCGGGGGAGAGGCCGACCACGAGAGCUUGUGCUCCGCAUCCGGUACCAGAACUGCCGUGGGGGUGCCUGACGCGGUGGGGGCGCCCCUAGUUUCAAGGCCGGAAACAGGCAUCGGCCGUUUCAGGGUUCCCCUGCAGCAGAGUGGGGGGGCCAGGCCAGAGGAGCAUCUGGAGCCAGGGGGAGGGGGAGCCCUCUGGGAGAGCACCUUGUGGGGGAGGACUGGUUGAGGGGGGCCUUCCAGUAGCACGUUAGGGAG